AUGUACUGCGAGGUUUGCAUCGCGGCAUUUCGCGAUCGGGUGGACGGCUUUUUGGAGCUUGGCUCGCAAAUAUCCAUCGCUCAUCACAAAACAUUUCAAUCUUUCAAAAAUUCAUCCGCUCUGGGCUGCGUAAUUUGCCACUAUCUUUGGCGUGAGCUGGUGGCCAACACAUCUUUCUGCAAAUUGGUCGAAAGCUGGAUCAACACGGGGUUGGACCAGAUUCCUAUAUGCACCAAGGUCGACCCCCAGGAUCCAGAAUCUGCCGAGCGCGAGUUGCUCAAUUAUGCCACCAACAUCUUCCUGUGGAAGGCGGACGAGGAUGACGAUGAACCGUUGAGGUUCCAGGUAAAGUUGAACUACCGACCAACGGAAGCAGCCACAAGCAUGUCUUCCUCUUAUGAUAUUUUCUUCCUGGAUCCUGUUACUGACAAGACAAACAAAUACAAAGUCUUUGGAGACAGCACUUCGAGUGAAUCUAGUCUCCAAAAGGCAAAAGUCUGGAUGCAAGAUUGUAUGAGCAACCACAAAGCAUGUGGCAAGGGAAAUACUGGUAGUUGGGCGCCUACUCGUAUCCUGGAUCUGGACCCUUACGGUGGCGGAGGUGGAAACAUCCGAUUGAUAGUUCCUGCCGACGAAUGCAAAGACUCUUUAGGGCCAUAUGCAUCUCUCAGCUAUAUCUGGGGUGGUCAGGAAUCCAUGCGACUGACCAGCAAUAACAUUGCCUCUUUUCGUCAAGGCAUCGAAGGAACUCUGUUGCCCAAAACAUUCCAAGAAGCAAUCCAAGUGUGCCAACACUUCUCCAUCCGGUACAUUUGGAUAGACGCAUUGUGUAUCCUCCAGGAUAGCCACGAGGAUUGGCUUUCGGAGGCAGCAAAGAUGGACAAGGUCUACGCUCACAGCCACCUCACGAUCGCGGCCGCAGCGUCACACAACCCCGCGCAUGGUCUCUUCCGCAAUCGUGACCCUGUUUUAGUCAGUCCUGCAGAUAAUCCCAUUUCGGUUGACAUCACUAGCCGCGGGUGGUGCUUCCAAGAGAGACUUCUCUCUCCAAGACUGCUCGGAUUCGGCCAGGAGCAAAUCUACUGGGAAUGCAUGCAAACCUCUGCAGUUGAGAGCGGGUGUCCAGUCAGGACCUGGCCAAAAACUUCGACAUCAGACUUGAAGGCGCUCUUUCGCAACCCUGGUGAUGGAGUAUUGCUCGAGAUGGAAGACGAAAGCAAAAGGGAUCCUUAUCGUCUCUGGGGAGAAAUAGUCGAGAUGUAUUGCAAGACUCGACUCACCAAGCAGAUCGAUCGCCUCAUUGCCCUAUCAGGCCUUGCGAAAGCCUACUCUGCCUACAUAAACGAUACAUAUGUCGGCGGAAUGUGGAAGAAAAGCCUGGAAACUGAGCUGAUGUGGUCAAAGGAGCAUGAUAUUGGGGAGCUAACCACAAGUGCGGACUACAUCGCCCCCUCGUUUUUUUGGGCGUCUGCAUCUCUUCCCUGCAACCUCACAAUCGAACCGGAGGUGAAGCUGCGACUCCCUGUAAUGUUCAAGGUUCUUGAUCUACAGUUAAUCUAUGCUACAGAAGACACGACAGGCGGCCUAACCGGGGGCCAUAUCGACUUAAGCGGCACCGUUGUGGAGGUCAGACUUUCUGCUGGAGCAUACAAGGGCUGGGAUACCAUCAAGUUGCUGGACCGCACGGGGGAGCCGAUUCAGUCUUCCACGGGCAGAAGUACCGAUGUAUACUUCUUCCUCCCAGAUCGUAUGCUGAAAGUCGACGUGGAAGAAGAAAAGACCCGGCGAUUUUAUGUCUUCCUCGGUUACCAGUUUCUCACUUAUAACGACGCCGCUUCCGGGGUAUCCUGGGAAGCAGCUGACUCGAAGCCAGCACGUCGAGCUGAGCGGAACUGCAGCUGGAUUCUGCUGGAAGCAGUGCCCAAUCAGCAAGGAGUCUAUCGACGACUGGGCAUGGUGCACACAUACCAGGACUUUUUGGAGAAGGAUGGAGAGGAAUUUGGCGCUUCAAGACACGUGAUUAAUCUUGGUACUCUAGGUGAUGAAGUGCCUAACCGUGGCAGGGAUGGAGACAAGUACAUCAUCCGCAUCGUGUAA